CAACUACAGUUGUAUGCACAUGGUAUCCAUUGUUGAACCUAUCAGUGGCCUUACGCACUCUGAAUUACUCUGAACUAGCAGCGUCUGACUCCACUUUUCCAUUCACCGGCGAAAGUCAGAUCAUUAGAGAACCUUACUUCCUUUCUCUGUGUCCUGAUCAAAUGCGUAAUGUGUUAAAAUAUGCUUCCUGAUUUAAUCAAGGCAGCAGACCUGCAAGUCAAGGACAGACCGGAAUCUCACAAUCACUUCAGAGCAGCGGUGUAGUCUAGGGUCAGCCUGUCAGUGCUCAGACCAUAAGCCGCACACUGCAUCAAAUUGGUCUGCAUGGCUGUCAUCCCAGAAGGAAGUCUCUUUGUGACACCUCCAUAAAAGAGAAAACAUUUUUCAAUUAAUGUUUUGAUGAUUAUUUAUUUGUUUAUAUUUUUGUAAACUAUUUGUAUGUAAACCAUUUUCUGCAGAAGAAAGUGAUGAGGAGGCACAACCCAUUGUGAAUCCCAUAGGAAAUGAGAUGGGAAGAAUAGAUUCUGAAAUAUCAAACCUCUCUCAAUCUGUCCAAGAAUUACGUGUUGAAAUUAACACAUUAAAAGAUGGUCUUCGAACUUCCAGUGAAAGUGCAGUAAACCGUGAAGCUGUAUUCAGAGAUGCUGUAAAUCAACGCUUUGAUGACAUUGAAAUUUUCAUGUAAAGAUCUUUGGCUAAGCUAGAGAAAGGUGUUAUAGAUUGUCUUCAAAGAAGGGAUGAACAGUAGCGAAAGGAAGUUGACCAUAUCAGGAAAACCAGUACUCCCAUGACACGUUUUUCUUUUGGGGCUGCUACCUCAGAUAGUGAGAGAAUGCAUUCAACGAUGCCCACAGCUUCCUAUCCUAAACCCCCAAUCAAUUUAGAGUUCCCUAGUUUUGGAGAAACCAAAGAAACCAGUGAUGUAGUGGAAUUUGUGGAGCGGUGUGAAAAUUUUUUAACACUCCGACAUAUGUCGGACACAGAACUUGUAGCCAUCCUAAAUGCUGUUCUCUCUGGACCGGCCAGGAGUUGGUGGCUGGCAGAAAGAAAUAAGGUCCAUAACUGGGGUGAGUUUAAAAAAGCAUUCUUGGGAGCAUUCCUUCCCACUGACUAUCUCACUGAGGUAGAGAAACAACUUAAAGCUAUGAUACAAGGUUCUGAACAAUGUAUUGGAGAUUUUGCUUAUGAUUAUAGGGCAUUAUGCUUAAAGUGGAAGGCUGAUCUUCCUGAAGAAGAAGUGGUUAGAAGAAUCCUAAAUAAUUGCAAUGCUUCUCUGGCAGGAAGCCUAAGGGGUGCUGUGCAUACAGUGGAGCAAUUAGUCAAGGUUGGAUCACUGGUGGAAAGAGACCUCAAUUCCAAAAGAGAUUGCUGGGCUAAGGUAAACCAAAUUAAAGCCAAUGAAAAAGGGAAGAAAAAUCCAACAGCCCGUUAUGUUAAUACCUCCAAACCCCUGUCUGGACCAACUCAACAUCUUGCACUAGUGCAGUCGACCACUCCUCCAUUGCUUCAAGUGGUUUUGGGAGUUUGUGGUAAGCAAGUGGAGGCUAUUCUAGAUACUGGCUCCACGUUUACCUUGAUGCAGUGCCAGCUGUGGGAAGCAUUGGCUGGACCAGGUGAGCCCAUGAGACAUUUUAAUAGGACCUUUGUGUUGGCUGAUGGGAAGACACAGACCUCAGAAGGCCGAGUCCCCAUUACCUACGAGUGGCAUGGGAUGAUGUGGACAGUUGACACUUAUGUGAUGGCAGACAAACAACUUGCAUUUCCCCUUAUAUUAGGCUUGGAUUUUUUGGGUCAAGCAGGAGUGCGAUUAAAUGUGGGGGAGAAGAAUUAUGAACUGUUUAUCCAUUUCUCUGCCAGCCACUUGGAGGACCAUUAUGGAGCCAGCAGGAAGAGCAAGUUAUCAAUGUGUAUAUGGCUGUGCCCCUAGAGGCUGGAAUGUCUGAGCCAUUAAAUGCUGUGGAAUCACCAUUAAAGGAUGAUCUAAUACAGUGUUAUCUGAAGGUAGUAAAACAACUAUUGCAUGCAUGGCCUUCUGUCUGUUUGGACAAGUUGGAAAGGACAAACCUGACCAGCCACCAGAUUCUAAACACAGAUGACAUCCCAGUAAGGUGUAAAGCCUAUCGAGUCUUACCGCUAAAGAAGGAAAUAAUUCGAGAAGAGAUCCAAAAAAUGAUCUAAGAUGGCAUCAUUGAGCCCUCACAAUCUCCUUGGGCAUCCCCAGUGGUACUUGUGCCUAAACCUGAUCAAUGCUUAUGGUUCUGUGUUGACUGUAGGCGUUUAAAUGCCAAAACCCCUCAAGAUGCUUAUCAUGGAUGAUGGGCAUAGGAUAUUUUAGAAUCUAUGCAUGGGGCACAAUAUUUCAGCACCCUUGAUUUGAAAUCAGGGUACUGGCAAGUGGAAAUGGAGAAGAGUAGCCGGGAAAAGACUACUUUCAUCACCCCCUUUGGCCUAUAUCAUUUUUUGACUAUGCCUAUUGGGCUGAAAAAUGCAGGAGCUACUUUCCAGAGGCUCAUGGAGAGAGUGUUGGGGGAGUUGAGAGGCAGCAUCUGUUUUGUGUAUAUUGAUAAUAUCAUUGUAUACUCUCCAUCUAAACAGCAGCAUCUUCAAGAUCUUGAAGUGGUUUUUGGUAGACUCCAUAGGGCCAAUUUGACCCUGAACUUGAAGAAGUGCCACUUUCUCAAGACUGAGCUAAGAUUCUUGGGCCAUGUAGUCUCAGGAAAAGGGGUGGAAGUGGAUUCAGAGAAGACAGCUGCUAUUACUAACUAUCCCGUUCCACAUGAUCUUCCUUCUUUGUAGAGGUUUCUGGGCCUUAUUGGACGGUACCACAAAUUCAUUCCACAUUUUACUGAGCUUGCUGCCCCUUUGUAUCAUUUGCAGAGGAAAAAUGUUGUGUGGGUAUGGACCAAAGAGUGCCAGCAGAGUGUAGAGAGGUUGAAAGCAGCUCUGCGACAAGCCCCUGUGUUGAUCCAACCAGAUCCGUGUCAUUCCUUUCAAGUACAAACCGAUGCUAGUGCUACUGGACUGGGAGCGGUACUUACACAGAAGAUUGGUGAGGAAGAAUUGGUUAUCGUUUAUGCCUCAAGGAGUCUAAGGGGAGCCGAACUAAACUAUUCUACAUCCAAGAAAGAGUGCCUGGCUGUGGUGUGGGCAGUAGAAAAAUGGCACCACUACCUCAAGGGGGUACCCUUUGUAGUAUAUACUGACCAUGUAGCACUGUCCUGGGCCUUUAACGCUCCAAAGACUACAUCUCGACUUACCAGAUGGACCUUGAGGCUACAACGGUUCCAAUUCCAGGUUCAGUAUAGAAAAGGGAGAAUGAACGUGGUACCUGAUGCUCUAUCUAGGUCCAGCCAAGAUCAAGCAAUUGUGGCAGCAUGUGUACCAAAAAGGACCUCCCCAUGGAAUCUGUGACACCUCCAUAAAAGAGAAAACAUUUUUCAAUUAAUGUUUUGAUGAUUAUUUAUUUGUUUAUAUUUUUGGUAAACAAUUUGUAUGUAAACCAUUUUCUGUGGGGGCAGGGGAUGUGUUACAUUGAAUGGGAAUGUGUUGGGGGAAGGAAGGACUCUUAUUGUAAAAGGCCUCUGGGUAAGGAAGUUGAGAGGCGGCCAUUUUGAGGGAAGUUGUAGCUCAUGAGGUGGCAUGCGUGAAAGACAGGCCAACAAAGGAGUGCCUGGUGAUUUUUGAGGCCUUUUACCAGUGGACUAUCACCUUUUCUCUUUUUGGGAUCAUUUGAGGAUUACUUUUUUUCCUCUUCAGUGGCAUUGCCUUAGGAUUCCAGAAAAUCCCUGAGAAGUGAAUGCCUUAUGGAAGCUCUGUAUAGGUACUACCAGAGGGAUGCCUCUGACUGUGCGCAUGUGUGGCUCUGUGCUGAGACUGAUCACUUCUCUUCUUCGGAGGGGGACAAAGGUUGGGGAUGCGGCUACAGAAACUUC